GAAGGACUCCGAGGGGACGCCCGCGAUGGAGACGGUGACCUUCAAGGACGUGGCUGUGAACUUCUCGAAGGAGGAGUGGGCUCUGCUGGAUCCAAGUCAAAAGAAGCUCUACAGAGAUGUGAUGUGGGAGACAUUUAGGAACCUGGCUGCCGUAGGGAGGAGCUCAGGUGACCGGCACGUUGAUGAUAAGGACGGGAAAUGCGGGAAACAGCUCAGAAGGAUCCUGGCCGGUCAUUCAUCAGCACGAGGGCCCAUGAUUGCUAACACUGCAGUCAAACCAUAUCAAGAGCAGGGAUUCCAAGAGAAGCUGUUUGCCUCCAACAAGCUUAGAAAAGCCUGCACCACACUCCAGUCCCUUCAGAAAUAUGCAAACACAAGUCCUCAGGAGAAGGUCCAUGAACAUAUGCUAUGUGCAAAACCAUACUCUGAUGUCCCCGAAGAAAGUACCAUCACAGAAAACCCGGAUGACAAUUCAUUCAUUACAGCCAAGAAUGUCAAAAUCAGGGAAAGUGGUCACCUUGAAGUGGAUUUGUAUCCACGUGUACCACACAGAAGUUUUAAUUCUCCCUCCAAUGUUGAGGCACAUGAAAAAGCUCACCGUGGAGAAAAUGCCCAUGUACGUAAAAACGACAGAAAAUCCUUCACUACCAAUUCAAUGGGUGACCUUCAAAGUGAUACUGAGCAGAAAACUUAUGUAUGUAAGCAGUGUGGGAUAGCUUUCACUGCAAGCCGUAAGUGUCAAAGACAUGAAAGAAUUCACACUGGGGAGAAACCAUAUAAAUGUAAGCACUGUGACAAAGUUUUCAAUGACCCUGGUAAUUGUCAAAGGCAUGAACGGACUCACACUGGGAAGAAACCCUACGUGUGUAAGCAGUGUGCGACAAGUUUUGGUGAACUUCGUGCCUGUCAAAGGCAUGAAAAGACUCACAGUGAGGAGAAACCGUAUGCAUGUAAGCAUUGUGGCAAAACUUUCAACAGACUAGAUAAUUGGCAAAUCCAUGAGCGGACUCACACUGGGGAGAAGCCCUACCCAUGUAAGACAUGUGGGAAAGCGUUUGUCACACAUCAUAGAUGCCAAAUGCAUGAACGAAUUCACACUGGAGAGAAACCCUAUGCGUGUAAACAAUGUGGCAAAGCUUUCCUUGAACGUCACGCUUGUCAAAGGCAUGAACGGACACACAGUGGUGAGAAACCUUAUGUAUGUAAGCUAUGUGGGAAAGCUUUCAGCAGCAAAGUCGGUUGGAAGUCACAUGAAAGGAAUCACACAGAGAAACCCUAUGUAAGCGAACAGUGUGGGAAGGAUUUCAGCACACCUCAGUCCUGUCAGCAGCCUGAAUGUGCUCAAACACCGAAGAAACCCUAUGUUUGUAAGCACUGUGGCAAAGCCUUCAGCAGAAAGGACAAAAGGGAAAUGCAUGUGCGGAGUCACACCGGGGAGAGACCCUAUACGUGUAAGACAUGUGGGAAGGCUUUCAGCACACAGCAUACAUGUCAAAUACAUGAGAGAAUUCACACCGGGGACAAACCCUUUGCAUGUAAGCAGUGUGGCAAAGCAUUCGUCACGUGUGAUGCAUGUCAGAGGCAUGCACGAACUCAUACUGGGGAGAAGCCCUACGUAUGUAAGCAGUGUGGCAAAGCUUUCAGCGAUCGUGCUGGUUGCCAAAAGCACGAGCGGACUCACACGGGGGAGAAACCCUACGUAUGUAAGCAGUGUGGCAAAGCAUUCAAUAGCAGAUACAGUUGGCGAAUGCAUGAACGGACUCACACUGGAGAAAAGCCCUAUGAAUGUAAGCACUGUGGCAAAACUUUCAUCAGAAUGGAUAAUUGGCGUGUUCAUGAACGGAAUCACACUGGGGAGAAGCCGUAUGUAUGUAUCCAUUGUGGGAAAGCGUUUGUUAUACGCAGGGAUUGUGAAACACACAUGCGGAGUCACACAGGGGAGAAACCCUUUGCAUGUCAGCAUUGUGGGAAAGCUUUCACUACACGUCGUUUUUGUCAACUGCAUGAAUGUACUCACACUGGAGAGAAGCCUUACACAUGUGUACAAUGUGGGAAAGCUUUCAGCAGCAAAGUAGCCUGGCAGAGACACGAACGGAUUCACACUGAGGAGAAACCCUAUGUAUGUAAGCAAUGUGGACGAAGCUUUAGGACACAUUAUAGGUAUGAAACACAUGAAAAAAUUCACAGUGGUGUGCGACCCUAUGCAUGUAAGCAGUGUGGAAAAACCUUCAUCACACGUCACAGGCGUAAGACCCAUGAAAGAAUCCACACCGGGGAGAAACCCUAUGCAUGUAAGCAGUGUGGCAAAGCUUUCUACACACGUUGUGAUUGUCAAAGGCAUGAGCGGACUCACACUAGAGAGAAGCCCUAUGUGUGUAAGGAAUGUGGCAAAGCUUUCAGCAACAAAUCCAGCUGGCAGAUUCAUGAGAAAAGUCACACUGGGGAAAAGCCCUAUGUGUGUAAGGAAUGUGGGAAGGCUUUCGUCACAAAUCGCAGAUGUAAAAUUCAUGAAAGAAUUCACACUGUGGAGAAGUCCCGCGUGUGUAAGCAGUGUGGGAAAGCUUUCAUCACACAGCGUAGUUAUGAAGUACAUCAAAGAGCUCACACUGGGGAGAAACCCUAUGUGUGUAAACAGUGUGGGAAAGCUUUCAGUACCCAAGGUGUUCUUCAAAGGCAUGAACAGACCCACACUGGAGAGAAGCCCUAGGCAUGUAAGCAGUAUGGCAAAGCUUUCAGCACAAAGGACAGUUGGCGGAUUCAUGAUCGCACACAUAUGAUGGAAAAGCUGUGUAGCUGUGAGCAUUGUGGCAAGGCUUUCCUUUCAAGUGGCCUAUGUUGGAGGCACAUGCAGAGUCACACAUGGGAGAAACCCUAA